UUCAGUUAGUCAUUGAAAAGGAAGCGAAUGGAAACAUUUAACAUUUUUUACUCUCGUUAUCUGAUCAGUUGCUAAGUUAUAUAAAUAUUUGUUCUUUGCAUUCUCUGAUUUUAGUUGAUCUUUAUUAAAGUUUGUAUAUUAAAAAACUGAUCUUAUUUUCUCUAACUCGCGUUUAUAAACAUGUGUAUAAUUUUCUCAGCAGCUCUGGUCCAAUAGUGAAAGAUGAAACGUUUAUACGUCGGUUUUCUGUUUUUCGCAUAUAACUGCAUAAUAUGGGGUCAGGACUUGACAUUUCCAGCUAUCGAGGAGACUGCUCACGUCAGCGGCGGUAACUCCACGGUAAUAACGGAGCGUAAACCCAUAUAUAUUCCGGGUCGUUGCCCGGACGAUAUGCUUCUCUACCCAGGUGACACUGAUAAGGAUGCAUGGGUGUGCGAUUGUAGAGCUCGAUUCUUAUACUUCCCGUUGAACGAUUCCUGCCAUGAAGCCUAUAGACAAGGCCCUUGUCCAUCCGGAAAUUAUGUCGUUCUUCCCGAGAACGAGACAAUUCCUCGUUGCGUGGAGAAUCCUUGCUCGCAAGAUGGCAUGGUGCAGUACAACGGCACUUGCUAUUCUCUUAGAACGAUCGGUCCGUGUGGACCCGAUGGGAUAUUAAGUGUGAACGAAGCUACAUUCCAAUUGGAAUGCGAGGUAGCAAGUAUUGUACCUUUAUACAUAAUUGAGAUUCCCUUGAAAACGUGUCCACCAGGCAGCCGUAGGAGUACGCUCGGAGUAUGCAAAAAAGUUAAACGUAAAAUACUUGCCAAUCAGACUGCAUCAGGAUAAUAUAUGUAUUUUGUAUUGUAAUUUAAAUACAAAAUUACAUGCGCGCUUUACAAUAGACACACUCGAAGGACAUUAAAUAACAAAAUGUAGGCAUCAUAACAAAUAUCUUAGAUUUUGUAUUCUUAAUCUUAAUUUUCUAGUGGCGUGUUAUAAAUAAUUACACACAUACAUAUAUAUAUAUAUAUAUAUAUAUAUAUAUACACACACACACACACACAUAUAUAUAUAUAUAUAUAUGAUAUAUAUAACAUUUAUAUAAUAGAAUCAAAAAAAUAUAAAACAAGCAAUUAUUAACUUCCAUUAUUUAUAUUUCUGUUAUUAUACUUAUAUUUGUUCGCUAUGUUUGGAAAUAUAUGUACAUUGUUAGCAUCUUUAUACAAAUCUUACAUACUUAAACCUAGAGAAAAUUAAAUAAACAUGGAUAUAUGGCGAA